AUGUUUGGAUUUGACAUUCACUACAAAGAUCCACCAGUUGAGAGAUUGUCAUUUCAUCUUCCUGACGAACAGAAUGUUAUUUUUUCAGAUUUGGAUCCAAUAAAUGAUGUAUUAAGUCGUCCUAUUGUAAAGCAUAGCAUGUUCACUGCAUGGAUGGAUGCAAAUAAGAAGUACAGUGAUGCAAAAGACCUCACAUAUGUAGAAUUCCCAACAAGAUUUGUUUGGAAGCAAGAAUCUUUGGCAAGACCUGAAUACGUAUGGAAACAAUAUUGGCAAUUUCUUUCGGACGAUAUUCUAUACAAGCGAAUAAUCAUUUUGAACCACCAAGGUUUGGAGUUGAGCGAUGAAAAAACUAAAAACUACGCUCUCGUGGAGAUUGAGAAGAUAUUGAGGAUCACUGGAAGAAGUCUUCAUGAUUUUCCAUCAAUGUUGUUUCCUUAUAUUGUCGAUGCAUCGUUUGCUGAAAACAGGCUAAUUCAGGAUGAGCUUAGGUAUGACAAGAAAGCUUUGGCAGAAGAUCACAAGGUUUUUGUGCAAAAAUUGAAGGAUGAACAAAGAAAUAUUUAUGAAACUUUAAUGCGUUCUGUAGAAGCUGAUAAGGGAGGCGAUAGGACAACACACUCAAGGUUUGCAAUUCUUCUUAACCCCAAUGAAGAUUCAACGUGCAAUAUCAAACAAAUGAGUCCACUCCCAGAGUUGAUAGCAAAGUCAAAGAUCAUAAUAUGGGACGAGGCACCUAUGAUGAACCAAUUCUACUUCGAGGCAUUGGACAAAAAUAGUAGAAACGAUGAUCAUGCAUCUAUUGAAAUACCAGAUGAUAUUCUAAUAAAUGGGUCCGAUAAUUUGCUUGAAACAGUUAUGGAGAGCACAUAUCCUUGCUUCUCAGACCAUGUUGAUGAUAUAUCAUAUUUGCAAGAAAGGGUUAGACUAGCGUCGACGCUUGAUGUCGUCGAAUCUAUCAGCGAGUAUAUGGUUUCUCUAAACUAA